GGUAAACAGGUCAGAGGAAAAGGAUGUCGCGUCAAGAUGAUGGUUUCGCACAGUCGACGUGGCUCCAGUCGUAGACGUUUACCACUUGGGCGAAGUCCAUCACCACGGGUAGGGUACCGACAAACCAUUGAUGUAUGGUGACCUCACCAGGGUUAGAUAGUUACUGAGCCGCGCGGAGACAGUUAGUUGCCAGCGAGUGUUGGAGCUGACAGGAACAAGAAACAUGAAGGGGAGUUGUGUCGUCUGCGGGGUUGUUUUCCCCGCGCUCAUCCUCGCCACACAGGGGAUCCUGGACCAUAGAACCGUCUACCCACAACCAGAGCAGAUCCAUCUGUCGUACGGAGCCGCUCCCGACCAGAUGGUGGUGACGUGGGUGACACUCGACGAGGCCAGCACCGCCACCGUCAACUACGGCGAGGGGAAACUCGACCAGACCCAGUACGGAAAAACCACCGUGUUCACUGAUGGUGGCACAGAGAAACGUGUACUCUACAUACACCGUGUACUACUGUCAGGCCUGAAGCUGGGCCACCAAUACACCUACAGAUGCGGGAGUGACGCCGGCUACAGCUCCCUCUUCACCUUCAGGGCGAUGAAAGGGGGCAGUGACUGGAGUCCCCAACUUGCUGUCUUUGGUGACCUUGGCAAUGAGAACCCACGUGCAUUGCCUUAUCUACAAGAAGAGGCAGAGGCUGGACACUUUGACGCCAUUAUGCACGUGGGGGACUUCGCCUAUGACUUUGACACCGAUAAUGCCCGACUCGGAGAUGAGUUCAUGCGUCAGUUGGAGCCCGUCGCUGCCAUGGUGCCGUAUAUGGUGUGUGUUGGCAACCAUGAAAACGCAUACAACUUCUCCAACUACAGGAACAGAUUCACAAUGCCUGGCGGUGAUGGAGAGGGCAUGUAUUUCAGCUGGAACAUCGGCCCCGCCCACAUCAUCAGCUUCUCCACUGAGGUGUACUACUACGGCGUGAGUACAGAGAGCAUCCGCGCCCAGUACGAGUGGCUGGAGAAGGACCUCCAGGCGGCCAACCUACCGGGCAACAGAGCAGCUCGGCCAUGGAUCAUCGUGAUGGGCCACAAACCCAUGUACUGCUCCAACAAGGAUGCAGAGAACCUGUGUGACAACGUCAACAACCCGAUCAGAAAUGGAAACAAGUACUACCCUGCUAGUCUGGAGGAGUUGUUCUACAAGUAUGGCGUUGACCUGGAGUUCUAUGCCCAUGAACAUUCGUACGAGCGGCUGUGGCCAGUGUACAAGACCAAGAUUUGCAACGGCAGCAUUGACAAGCCCUACGUCAACCCUCAGGCGCCCGUGCACAUUGUUACUGGAUCUGCCGGUGACAGAGAAGGACAGACCAAAUUUGAACAUACACUGUUCCCCUGGACCGCUUUCCACACAGACGACUAUGGGUACACCCGGAUGACAGUGCAGAAUACAACACAUCUCUACCUGGAGGAAAUGUCGGUUGACAAGAAGGGUGCUGUUAUUGAUAAGGCGUGGAUAGUACGUGACUCUCACUCGGCCGGCCAGUUCAACUGUCAGGCGGUUCCCAGGUAGCCGCGCGGAGGUCUCUCCAAGUCUUCGGAAGAAAUCAAGAAUCUGUACUCCAGUGAUACACCCAGGCGACACGAGGCGACGAUAACUUAAUUUUAUUAUAUCAUGUGACACAAUUUAUUGUAUAUAUUCGCUUUACAAUUUUGAUAAUGGUGCAAUGUAUUUUAAAUGAUCAAUAAAUAAUGAAUCUUU